AUGGCCACUCACACCCAAGCCUGGAGCAUCUGGGCCCUCGGCCACAACGGCAUCAACGGCUGGACACGAAUCGCCAGCACAGCCAACAACGCCACAAGAUUCCACCUCAUCUUCACUGGGGAUGUCGCCGCCGACGAAGAAAACCUCGGAAUUGACUUCGCGCGCAUCAACGGCUCGACCGCACUUAACAUAAACUCCCUAGCACAAGAGUUCCACAACGCGACUGCGCUUCGCAUUCAAUUGGGCAAUGUCCUGACCAGGAUCAAAGAAGACGUGGUUGGGUUGGAUUGGCAGAGCGAUGUCACGAUGGAGAUGUGUUUCACGGACCAUGAGCACAAGCAAGCGCUCGGUUUGGCUGGCAAUGAUGGCGUUACAAUUGGAACAGUGCCAAGAUUGAUCGAGCAGAAGGGGCGAUGGGUUCGUGUGGUCCAGAACGCGUGGACCGGCCGUGGGUGGCCAACAUCUACAACGCCGCGAACACGUGGCUACGAGACACGUAGACCAGCCUUCUCCAAUUAUCAACAACCCCAGAGUACCGCGCGUUCAGCUGCUGCGCCGCCUCCACGGGCGUCAUCGAGAGCUUCCAUUGCCGGAUCCAUCUCAAGACCCACCUACCGCUGGAGAAGGCUUUCGAGUUCGAUGCAAGCGUUGAUUCAGUCACCGCGAUAUACAACAACCGCCAUGAAUCCGGGAUGCAGUCCAUCACGAACAACGAGCGGCUGCAGCGUUUGUUCGAUGACUUGCCUGACGACCUCGUCGACGAGAUCAACAUCAUGGUCGAUCACUUCCAUGCUCCAAACGCUCACGAUGACAACGGAGCGGCGCCGACCUGGUACCCGCCUACCGCCUACCGCCUAUCAAUCCGGCAAGUACUCUGUAAACGCACAGCUCGUGCAUCGCGAUACUGAGGAGGUUACACGUCUCGUCGACUCUAUUCGUGAGAGUGGAUGCAACGAUAUCAACCCAGAUGACGAUGAUUCCUUGCUACCGGCUGCUGGCAAUGACAAGAUGUGGGACGGGGUCGUCGCUGUCAACGAGGCAGAACAAGAUCAGUUCGACGAUGUCGACCAAAACACUGUCGAGAACUUAUCACCAAUACGGAGAGAGAAGCCAACGACGUAUGGACGCCUUUGGAAAAAGAGAAUCCACAGGAGACAUGCUGCGGACGCAUCUUCAAACUGCAAACAGAUUGCCGGUCGACGAGGAGGCUGUUAUCACCUCAUCGCGAAGCACGCAUUCGCAACAGGAGGGUCACUAUUCCUAAAUCAAACCGACGGACUGCAGACUAUGCUCACCGUCGCUGCGAAGGGGAUCACCAACUUCCAUCGCGCAAACAACACAUUGAGAGGUUGCACCCCUGGCUUGAUAGAUCUAACACUUCCUCCCACAACUGCAGGGGUGCGGGAGCGUUCUGCUUCUGGUCACCGCCCCAACAAGAACGACUUCAUCUCCCAAACCGACCUUCGGUCCUUCACCAAUUCAUACUUCAACCUGCGCCGCCAAAUUUCUCCAACAGGGAAGGUAACCCUCACCGCCUACGAUCUCUUCACCCCAGACCUAAUAGCCGACUCGGACUUCGCCCUCACGAAUUCUGACACUUCCGUCCCAGGAAACGUACAUCCUCCACCAUUUGCCAGACUUCCGGCAAAACUUCCUGCCACAUUCCCUUGUUUGGCUGCGGAUGUCACAAAGACGAGAAGUCUCCUCUCUUUGGAAGCGAAAGAUUAUCGGAGCCGGGGUGGUGUUACAUCAGCGGUGGACGGAGUUUGGAGACGGAGAAAAUGA